AUGGAUUCUUCUUCUUCUUCUUCUCUUCCUUUUCCUGCUCCUCUUCGAGAAAAGUACGAUGUGUUUCUUAGUUUCAGAGGUGAAGACACACGCGAUACUUUUACCAGCCAUCUUCACGCGGCUUUACGUCGGAAGAACAUUGAGACUUACAUAGAUUACAGACUUGAGAAAGGAGACGACAUUGGACCUGCCCUUCUAGCAGCAAUCGAGAAAUCUAAAAUUGCACUAGUCAUUUUCUCAAAAGACUAUGCUUCUUCCACAUGGUGUUUGAAAGAACUUGAGGGAACUUAUGCACUUGCAUUUGCUAAACUUGAAGAACGUUUCAAGGACAGUAUGGAUGAUUCGGUUCUCAAGUGGAAGGUAGCUUUGGAGGAAGCAGCCAAUAUGUCAGGGUUUCAUGAUUCAAGUAAAACAGGGACGGAGGCCGAUUUCGUUGAGGAAGUUGCUCAAGAUGUUUUGACCAAAUUGAAUCGCGAAUCGUCAAGUGAUUUAAAGGGUCUGCUUGGAAUUGAAAAGAAAAUUGAGGAAAUUGAGUCGUUAUUAUGCUUUGAUUUACCAGGUGUUUGCUGUGUAGGUAUUUGGGGCAUGGGUGGUAUUGGCAAGACCACCCUUGCUGAUGCUGUAUUUUACAGGCAUUCCUGUAAAUUUGAUGCUUGUUGUUUUCUCGCAAAUGUCAGGGAGAAAUCAGAAAAAACGGAUGGACUAAAUGACUUGCGUAAUAAACUUGUUGGUGAGAUAUUAAAGCAAAAAGAUGUAAAUAUCGACACUCCGUCUAUACCACCUCAUAUUCAAGACAGGCUCAGGCGUACAAAGGCGCUCAUUGUUCUUGAUGAUGUGAAUGCUGAAAAACAACUAGAAGUUCUUGUUGGUGAUGAUGAUCGGUUUUGCCAAGGAAGUCGAAUCAUUAUAACUGCUAGAGAUAAAGGCCUACUUGAGCAAAAAGUUGACCCUGCGAACAUAUUCAACGUUGAGGGAUUAGGUUCUGAUGACGCUCUUCGGCUCUUUUAUUCGCAUGCUUUCGGAAAUAAUAAGUCUACAACAACAGAAUACACUGAGUUGUCAAGACAGGUGGUGGAUUAUAUAAGGGCAUUCCAUUAG